AUGGCGAGCGUGCAGCAAGGCGAGAAGCAGCUCUUCGAGAAGUUUUGGAAAGGGACUUUCAAAGCGGUGGCCACGCCGAGACCCGGCAGCGUCAUCGUGGCCAGCAUCACGUCCCGCAAGCCACUGGCCAGCACCGAGGCACUGGGCUGCCUGUCGCUUCCAACAGACAACAAGCGCCCAGAGGAGCCACGCCCAGCUCAAGAGACCUCUAGCCUCAAUGGCUGUGUGCGGCUGAAGGACAGCCAGGAGUAUGCCAGGCAGAAAACACGCAGCUCUCGCAGUCAGCUACAAAAAUCUCAACGCCGCCACCAUCGCCGCCACUCUGGCUCAGAGAGCACAAAUUCCCACUCGGGGAAAUAUGGAAACAGGCUGAGAGCCAGAUCAAGGGAGGAAGGCCGCAAAGGGAGAUGGAAGCACUCCCGGCACUCGUUGAAGGGUGCUCAAAAGCCCCACAGAGCCGCAGAGCUGACCCCCACCCCUGUCCUUGGCUGCGCCCUCCAGGACAAUGGCUUCCUCCCCUCCACGGAAGCUACAAGCGCAUCCAGGUCAAAGGGUGGCCCGGAACCCCGCUGCAGAGUUCAUGAUGGCUUGGGCCACACCUUCUGCUCCGGGAAGACCAGCAGGGGCAGCAGCUCUGAUUCAGGAAAUUCCUUCACCAGCUGCUUCUCCAGGACGAAGGGAGCAACUUUAGAAGACCCAACCCCGUCUCCGCCGGUUCGAACCAAGGAUCGAAGAUCCUAUUCCCGUUCCCCCAGCUACUCGUCCAAGUCAUGCAAAAGAAGUCCCGGAAGCAGGAGCUCCAGGCAGCGGCGAAGCCCCAGCUAUGCUCGCUAUAGCCCUAUCAGGGAUCGUGAUCGAGAUCACAAGUAUGGCUCCAGUGAGAAAGACUCUCACAGGCACUGUGACCGGAGACGUCGCAAACACUCAUAUUCACCCAUGAGGAAGCGGAGGAGAGAUUCUCCCAGCCAUCUGGAAGCACGACGCAUAACAAGUGCCCGAAAGCGUCCUAUCCCAUACUACCGACCCAGCCCGUCUUCCUCAUCCCGCAGCAGCGUAAGCAGCUAUUCCAGUUCGCACAGCGCCUUCAGCCACUCUCCCAGCCGUAGCUACACCUACUCCAGCAAAAGGACCAGCCGCAGCAGAAGCUGGAGCAGCGGUGGUGGCAGCAGCCGGAGCCGGAGCCGGAGCGGCAGCAGCUCAGGGGCAAGGAGCAGCCGGCGAAGCAGCAGCAGGCGCUCCGAGUCAGCAGGCAGCUAUGACAGCUUGCGGCAUUAG